AGGCUGAUGGGAUGCAUCAAAGGUGGCUUACAAAAUUGGAUGUAGCAGCACCUAGCGCCCAUUCAUUUAAAACACAUUGUUAAAAACGUCAAAAUAAAUUCCUUGCUGGCAGGCGCAGAAUCGUGGAGUUAACGCUGUCACGGGUUUCACUGCGCACGCCCAGUGUUUUUGCGUUUUGCACUGCUUUUGUGGUGUUAUUUGUAAAUAAUAUUCUUGUUAAAAUGGCCACCAUGGAGAAACUGAUGAGGGCCUUCGAGUCUCUCAAGUCAUUCCAACAGCAGGGGCCACCGACAGCUGAGGAGCUAGUCCAGAAACAGAAGAAGGAUCCUUCCACAACCAAAAAAGACAGAGUGACUCAUUGCCUCACUAUAUGUGAAAAUAUUGUUGCACAGUCUCUGAGAAACUCGCCGGAGUUCCAGAAACUGCUCGGCAUCGCCAUGGAGAUGUUCCUGCUGUGCAGCGAUGACGGGGAAUCAGACGUCAGGAUGGUAGCUGACGAAUGCCUUAACAAAAUCAUUAAAGCCCUCAUGGAUUCCAACCUUCCACGAUUACAACUGGAAUUAUAUAAAGAGAUAAAAAAGAAUGGUGCUUCAAGGAGCCUGAGAGCCGCGCUGUGGAGGUUUGCAGAGCUUUCUCAUCUUAUACGCCCACAGAAAUGCAGGCCGUAUCUGGUCAAUCUGCUGCCCUGUCUAACACGCAUCAGCAAGCGACCAGAGGAAGCAGUGCAGGAGACACUGGCAGCAGCCGUCCCAAAGAUCAUGGCAGCACUGGGGAACUUUGCCCACGAUGGUGAAAUCAAGGUUUUACUGAAAACUUUUGUUGGAAAUCUCAAAUCCAGCUCUCCAACUAUCCGCCGCACUGCAGCAAGCUGUGCCACCAGUAUCUGCCAGCACUCACACCGGACUCAGUAUUUCUACAGCUGGCUACUGAGUGUGCUGUUAGGUUUGAUGGUCCCUGUGGAGGAGGAGCAUCCCACUGCUCUGAUCCUAGGGGUCCUGCUCACACUGAGGUACUUGAUGCCUUUACUGCAGCAGCAGGUGAAGGAUACCAGUCUGAAAGGCAGCUUCGGGGUCACUCGCAAAGAGGCUGAGGUCUCCCCCACCCAGGAGCAACUCGUCCAGGUGUAUGAGCUGACCCUUCAUUACACGCAGCACCUUGAUCACAAUGUGGUCACGGCAGCCUUGGAGCUGCUGCAGCAGACAUUCCGCACAACGCCCUCAGACCUCCUGCACACGCUCAUCACCGCGGGCAGCAUUCCCCGGGUCAGCAUCUCUCGAGAAGAGGCUGAAAAUCGCGGCCGCAGCGGCAGCAUCCUCGAGCUUAUAGCUGGAGAGGGGCCAUCAUGCAGUCCUCUACUACUCAGAAAACAAAAAGGCAAGCUGCUCUCUGGAGAAGAGGAAGGGCUGGAGGACGACACUGAAACAAGGUCAGAGGUCAGCACUGGAACCUUCACUGCAGCUGUGAACAGUGAGAGUGCCAGUGAGGUCCCUUCCUCCUCGGGCGUGUCGACUCUGGGGUCGGCCGACUCUUCGGGGGGCCAUGACAUCAUCACAGAGCAGCCUCGCUCCUCCCAGCACAACCUGGAGUCAGCCGACUCUGUAGAGCUGAACGGAGCCUCGGACACGGUGAGCAGCAUGGCCACCACCUCCGCAUUGGCUGGCGGAGAGGGCACCGAGGACGAGGACAUGGUGAGCCGCAGCUCCAGCGCCAGCCACUCCAACCCCGCUAACCAGGCCUCCUCGCCGGCCAGCGAGAGCUCCCAGACCACCACUGAGGGUCCCGACUCAGCCGUCACCCCGUCAGACUGUUCAGAGCUUGUAAGUGUGCGGCAGCGGGCUGAGGGGGGAUCCCAGACUUCCACGGAGGGGCCCGACAUCUCUCACAGCUCCUCCGGGGAGGGUCCGGACUUCGAUACGUCCCAUAUCUCUACCUCUACCUCUACUUCCUCCUCCACUGCCUCCUUCUCUAGUGACAGUGAAAAGGUACUAGAUGGCAGCGAGAGCCAGUACUCGGGAAUGCAGAUCGGGCAGCUUCAGGAUGAGGAGGAAGAGGGCACAAGCCAUCCACAUGAAGCGCCCUUGGAACUCUUUAGUGGUUCCAGUCUGGUUACAGCACUGAGCAAACCUCACUUGCUGGAAGGUAAGAGCCACAGUCGACAGCCCUCUGACAGCAGUGUGGAUCGAUUGAUACCAAAGGGUGAUGCCUUGGAGUCAGCAGAACUUGAAAACAAGUCCUCCAGAAUCAAAGGAGAAAUUGGUCACUAUACAGAUCAAAACGCUGCACCUCUGGUCCACUGUGUACGCCUUCUGUCUGCAACUUUUCUUUUAAAUGGACAAAAAGACGGUCUUGUCCCGGACAAAGAGGUGAGGGUGAGUGUCAAAGCCCUGGCUGUGAGCUGCGUGGGAGCAGCAACUGCUCUUCAUCCAGAGGCUUUCUUCAAUAAACUGUACCGAGCACCACUGGAAGGAAUCGAACCAGAAGAACAACAGUAUAUAUCUGAUAUUUUAAAGUACAUUGAUCACGGAGACCCCCAGAUCAGAGGAGCUACUGCAAUACUGUGUGGAACAAUAAUCUAUUCCAUCUUGAAUAAAACGCGCUUCAAUGUAGAAAGCUGGUUAGCUAAUGUCAAAAGUUCUACUGGAAACCACAUUUCCCUGGUGGAUUGUGUUCCUUUACUACAAAAGACCCUGAAAGAUGAAUCUUCCGUUACAUGUAAACUGGCCUGCACAGCAGUUCGACACUGCAUCAUGACUCUGUGCAGCAGCAGCUUCAGUGAGCUUGGCCUGCAGCUAAUUGUUGAUCUCCUCACCCUGAGGAACAGUUCCUAUUGGCUGGUGAGGACGGAGCUGCUGGAAACUUUGGCUGAACUGGAUUUUAGAUUAGUAAGUUUCCUUGAAAGAAGAACUGAGACCUUGCACAAGGGGGCCCACCACUACACUGGGCUUCUGAAACUCCAGGACCGGGUUCUUAAUGAUGUCAUCAUCUGCCUGCUUGGAGACGAGGAUCCCAGAGUUCGUCAUGUGGCAGCCACUACAGUAACCAGGCUUGUCUCCAGGUUGUUCUAUGACUGUGAUCAAGGCCAGGCUGAUCCAGUGGUAGCUAUAGCCCGAGACCAAAGCAGCGUCUACCUGCAGCUUCUGAUGCACGAGACCCAGCCACCAUCUCACUUCACAGUCAGCACCAUCAUAAGGACGUACAGAGGAUUCAGUGUUUCACAGACUCCGCCUGACGCUACUGUGGAGAACAAUCUCUCCAGGGUCACCACAGCUGUGUCCCAUGCACUGACAUCAUCCACUUCACGAGCUCUUACUUUUGGCUGCUGUGAAGCUCUAUGUCUCCUUUCAUCAGCGUUCCCUGUCUGUACCUGGAGUUUAGGGUGGCACUGUGGGUAUGUGACCUCCUCCGGUACCCAUCCUUCCAGAUCAAGUCUUUACAGAAACAGAGGCCACUCAUUCAGCCUGUCUCAGUCAGGACCCACUGAUGAUUUCCGGAAGAACUGCAGCGUGGGGAUGGCCCACAUGGUCCUGUCCCUCCUCUCCUCAGCCUGGUUCCCUCUCGAUCUGUCAGCCCACCAGGAUGCACUCAUGUUGGCAGGCAACUUGCUUGCAGCGGCAGCCCCCAAGUCUCUAAAGAACCCCUGGACAGCUGAAGACGAGGCUAACGCAGGCGUCAACAAGCAGGAAGAACUGUGGCCAGCUCUGGGGGACCGGACAGUGGUCAACAUGGUGGAGCAGCUCUUCUCUCAUCUCAUGAAGAUCCUCAACAUCUGUGCUCAUGUCGUUGAUGAUGUGGCACCUGGACCUGCGAUAAAGGCAAGCCUUCCCUCACUCUCAAAUACACCAUCGCUGAGCCCCAUAAGAAGAAAGGGCAAAGAGAAGGAGCCAAUAGAGCAAAACACAACGCCUCUGAGCCCCAAAAAGAUCACCGACGCCAAUCCAGCAGCCAGGCCAACUGACACAGCUGGGGCCACUGCAGCAAACAAGUCCUCCACCCUAGGCAGUUUUUACCACCUCCCUCCAUACCUGAAACUGUUUGACGUUCUGAAGGCUACUCAUGCAAACUAUAAGGUGACACUGGACCUUCAGAAUAGCAAUGAAAAGUUUGGUGGAUUCCUGCGGUCAGCUUUAGAUGUUCUGUCUCAGCUCUUAGAACUUGCAACCCUCCACGACAUUGGAAAGUGUGUUGAGGAGAUCCUUGGAUACCUGAAGUCUUGUUUCUGCAGGGAGCCCACCAUGGCCACUGUUUGUGUUCAGCAGCUUUUAAAGACCCUCUUUGGGACAAACCUAGCAUCUCAGUAUGAAGGCUCCUCCUCCAACCCCAGUAAAUCUCAAGGCAAAGCCCAGCGGCUAGGCUCUUCCAACCUGCGUCUUGGAUUGUAUCAUUACUGCUUCAUGGCUCCGUACACACACUUCACACAGGCACUGGCUGACGCCAGUCUAAGGAACAUGGUGCAAGCUGAACAUGAGCAGGACGCCUCAGGAUGGUUUGAUGUUUUGCAAAAGGUCUCUACCCAGCUGAAGUCCAGCAUCACAAAUGUAACCAGGCAUCGGGCUGAUAAGAAUGCAAUCCACAAUCACAUCCGGCUUUUUGAACCCCUGGUUAUCAAAGCUCUGAAGCAGUACACGACCACCACCUCUGUGUACCUGCAGAGACAGGUGCUGGACCUGCUGGCACAGCUAGUGCAGCUGCGGGUUAACUAUUGUCUCCUGGACUCUGAUCAGGUGUUUAUUGGAUUUGUUCUGAAGCAGUUCGAAUAUAUUGAAGUGGGACAGUUUAGGGAUUCAGAAGCCAUUGUUCCAAACAUCUUUUUCUUCUUGGUCCUGCUGUCAUAUGAGCGAUAUCACUCCAAACAAAUCAUUGGGAUCCCAAAAAUCAUUCAGCUGUGCGAUGGCAUCAUGGCAAGUGGCAGGAAGGCGGUGACACAUGCUAUUCCAGCAUUGCAGCCCAUAGUCCAUGAUCUUUUUGUGUUGAGAGGGUCCAACAAAGCUGACGCAGGCAAAGAGCUGGAGACCCAGAAGGAAGUCGUGGUCUCCAUGCUGCUGAGACUUAUACAAUACCAUCAGGUACAGGAGAUGUUUAUACUGGUGCUACAGCAGUGUCACAAAGAAAACGAAGAUAAGUGGAAGAGAUUGUCACGUCAGAUUGCUGACAUCAUUCUGCCAAUGCUGGCAAAACAGCAGAUGCACUUGGAUUCCCAUGAAGCCCUGGGGGUUUUAAACACCCUGUUUGAGACGGUAGCGCCGUCCUCGCUGCGUCCAGUUGACAUGCUGUUGAGGAGCAUGUUUGUUAUGCCAGCCACCAUGUGCUCGGUUGGGACAGUCCAGCUGUGGAUUUCUGGAAUCCUGGCAAUCCUGCGUGUCCUCAUAUCCCAAUCGACGGAAGACAUUGUCCUGUCUCGCAUUCAGGAGCUGUCUUUGUCUCCUUGUCUGAUCUCUUGUGCCAACAUUGAGAGGCUCAGAGACUGCUACUGUCAGACCCCACCUUCAGAGGAGGUGAAUGGAGAUGCACAAGGCAAAUACCCACCUGAGGAGACGUUUGCAAGGUUCCUAAUUCAGUUACUGGGGAUUCUGAUGGAGGAUAUUUCUACCAAACUGCUGAAAGUGGAUAUGAAUGAACAGCAGCACACAUUUUACUGCCAGCAGCUUGGCACGCUUCUCAUGUGCCUCAUACACAUCUUCAAGUCAGGCAUGUUCAGAAGAAUCACUGCAGCUGCUACUAAGCUGUUCAAGGGGGAUGGCUGUGAGGGGAGUUUUUACAGCCUGGACAAUCUGAACAGCAUGAUCCAGUCUCUGAUCACCACUCACCCCUCCCUGGUGCUGCUGUGGUGCCAGGUCCUUCUCCUCAUCAAUUACACCAACUACACCUGGUGGUCGGAGGUGCAUCAUACACCCAGAAGACACAGUUUGUCCAGCACAAAGCUGCUGAGCCCACACAUAUCCGAUGACAGUGAUGAGUCCAGACCAGAGUCCAAGCUGGCCAUGUGCAAUCGAGAGAUCGUCCGGAGGGGAGCACUGAUACUCUUCUGUGAUUACGUGUGCCAGAACCUUCAUGAUUCCGAGCACCUAGCAUGGCUGAUAGUGAACCAUGUGCGUGACUUGAUUAAUCUCUCCCAUGAGCCUCCAGUGCAGGAUUUUAUCAGCGCCAUACACAGGAACUCUGCUGCCAGCGGGCUUUUCAUCCAGGCCAUUCAGUCACGCUGUGAGAACCUCUCUACGCCGACUAUGCUAAAGAAGACCCUGCAGUGCUUGGAGGGGAUUCACCUCAGUCAGUCAGGUGCUGUGUUGAUGCUAUACGUGGAUAAACUCAUCAAUACCCCCUUCCGUGUGCUGGCUCGCAUGGUGGACACGCUCGCUUGUCGGCGGAUAGAGAUGCUGCUGGCUGAGACCUUACAGAACAGCGUUGCCCAGUUACCACUUGAAGAGUUGGACAGGAUUCAACAGUAUCUGCAGAGCAGUGGCUUAGCUCAAAGGCACCAGCGACUGUACUCCCUGCUGGACAGGUUCCGUGCCACAGUUUUGGAGGACUCUGCGAGCCCUUCACCACCAGUGACAUCACACCCCCUGGACGGGGAGAUGCCACCUUCCCCAGAAUCUGUCACCGUAGACAAGGAUUGGUACGUGAUGCUGGUGAGAUCGCAGUGCUGCACGCACACAGACACGGCUCUGGUGGAGCUGACAGAACUGCUAAGCAAGCUUCCCCAGGCAGACCUUCACUCCAUCAUGGUAUCUAAAGAGUUCAAUUUGAACCUACUGGCCCCCUGCCUCAGUGUGGCUCUCAAGAGACUCAGUGGAGAGCAGGGCAGUGCCCUCUUCGAAACCGCGCUCGGGGUAACCCUGGAGCAGAUUUCCAGCAGCGCUCAGCUUUUACCUAGCAGCCACCAGGUGUUUCAACCACUGUUGUCACCUGGAAAUACCACCUACUGGAACAAACUGAGCGACAUCUAUGGUGAAGUGGGCUUAUACCAGACUAUAGUUAGUCUCUGCAGAGCUUUGACCCAGUACCUGCUGUCAAUCCCCAAGCUACCUGCAGCCCAUCACCUCCCCAAUAACAAGGAGGUGGACGCCACCAAGUUUGUGGUAUUGGCACUUGAGACUCUGUCGUGGCGCUUGAGAAGUGGACAGGUUCCACUGAGCAUUGAUCUCCAAACUGUCCUGGAUUGCUGCUGUCUAGCCUUACAGCACCCAGCGAUAUGGAGCUUACUGGCUUCUGCUGCUUAUGUUACACAUGUCUGUUCAUUUGUAAACUGCAUCAAGUUUCUCAUUGAAGCAGUGGCAGUCGAGCCUGGGGAUCAGCUUCUGCGUCCGGAGAGGAAGAAGACGAGCAGAGCUCAAGCAGCUCAGGAUGAGCUGGAUGCUGUUUCCACAGAGAAUCCAGUACACAUCAAAAAAGCUUGUGAAACAAUGGCUGAACUGGUGGAAAGUCUGCGGACUGUCCUGGCUUUAGGACAUUCGAGAAACGAAAGAAUCCCAGCGUUUCUGACUCCUACUCUACGCAACAUAACCUUAAGUCUGGCGCGGCUGCCUCUCAUCAAUAGCUAUGUUAGAGUGCCUCCACUAGUGUGGAAAUUAGGCUGGUCCCCGAAACCUGGUGGAGAGUUUGGCACGGCGUUCCCCGAGAUCCCAGUGGAGUUCCUGCAGGAGAAGGAUGUGUUCCGGGAGUUCCUGUAUUGUGUGAACACGCUGGGGUGGACAAGUCGCACUCAGUUUGAAGAGACCUGGGCGACCCUCCUUGGCGUGCUGGUGACUCAGCCCAUUGUCAUGAACCAUGAAGAGGAAAACCAACACGAGGAGGACCUGGAGAGGACCCAGAUCAAUGUUCUAGCUGUCCAAGCAAUCACAUCCUUGGUGCUGAGUGCCAUGACAGUCCCAGUGGCAGGAAACCCUGCCGUCAGCUGCCUGGAGCAACAGCCGCGCAACAAGGCAUUAAAAGCUCUGGAUACCAGAUUUGGAAGGAAGCUGAGUGUGAUCCGAGGGAUUGUGGAGCAAGAGAUCCAGGCGAUGGUAUCAAAGAGAGACAACAUAGCCACACAUUACCCAUAUCAGGCAUGGGACCCUGUUCCAUCACUCUCUGCUGCAGCAACAGGCACAUUAAUCAACCAUGAAAAACUGCUGCUGCAAAUCAACACAGAACGGGAGAUGGGCAACAUGGAUUAUAAACUGGGACAGGUGUCCAUUCAUUCAGUUUGGCUGGGAAACAGCAUCACGCCCUUGAGGGAGGAGGAAUGGGAUGAAGAUGAGGAAGAUGAGAGUGACGUCCCCGCUCCAGCGUCGCCUCCCACCUCACCCAUCAACUCAAGGAAACACCGUGCUGGCGUAGAUAUCCACUCCUGUUCUCAGUUUCUGCUGGAGCUGUACAGCCAGUGGAUUCUGCCAAACAACCCAAACAACAAGAAGACCCCAGUCAUCCUGAUCAGUGAAGUGGUCCGCUCACUUCUGGCAGUGUCUGAUUUGUUCACCGAGAGGAACCAGUAUGAGAUGAUGUACAGCACGUUGACAGAACUGCAGAAGGUCCAUCCCGCUGAAGAUGAGAUACUGAACCAGUACCUCCUACCUGCCAUUUGUAAGGCUGCAUCUGUCCUUGGCAUGGACAAGGCCAUAGCGGAGCCAGUCAGCCGCUUGCUGGAGACCACACUGCGCAGCACCCACAUGCCGAGCCGCAUCGGAGCACUGCACGGCAUCCUCUACGUCCUGGAGUGUGACCUGCUGGAUGACACAGCCAAACAGCUCAUCCCCAUCAUCAGCGACUACCUGCUGUCCAAUCUGAAAGGAGUAGCACACUGUGUUAACCUCCACAGUCAGCAGCAUGUGUUGGUGAUGUGCGCUGCAGCUUUCUACAUGAUUGAGAACUACCCACUUGAUGUGGGGCCAGAAUUCACAGCAGGCAUUAUCCAGAUGUGCGGUGUGAUGGUGUCUGUCUGUGAGGACUCCACCCCCUCUGUGACCUAUCACUGCGUCCUGCGAGGGCUGGAGCGCCUCCUGUUAUCUGAGCAGCUGUCCCGUCUGGACGGGGAGGCGCUGGUCAAGCUCAGUGUGGACCGGGUCAACAUGCCCAGCCCACACCGGGCCAUGUCUGCACUGGGGCUCAUGCUCACGUGCAUGUACACAGGGAAGGAGAAAACUAGUCCCAGUCGGACGUCUGCCCCUGAUCUAGCUGCUCCCGACAGCGAGUCUGUCAUUGUGGCCAUGGAGAGAGUAUCCAUUCUCUUUGACAGAAUCCGGAAGGGAUUUCCCUGUGAGGCAAGGGUAGUGGCCCGUAUCCUGCCCCAGUUUCUCGAUGACUUCUUCCCACCGCAGGAUGUGAUGAACAAAGUCAUUGGCGAGUUUCUAUCUAAUCAGCAGCCUUAUCCACAGUUCAUGGCAACUGUUGUUUACAAGGUAUUCCAGACCUUGCAUGCUACAGGACAAUCCUCCAUGGUCCGAGAUUGGGUCAUGCUUUCUCUCUCCAACUUCACUCAGCGAACACCUGUGGCCAUGGCGAUGUGGAGUCUUUCCUGUUUUUUUGUCAGUGCUUCAACAAGCCAGUGGAUUUCAGCACUCCUUCCUCAUGUUAUCAGCCGAAUUGGGAAAUCUGAGCUAGUGGAUGUCAGCCUGUUCUGUCUGGUGGCCAUGGACUUCUAUAAACACCAGAUUGACGAGGAGCUGGAUCGCCGGGCCUUCCAUUCCGUGUUUGAGGUGGUAGCCUCCCCUGGCAGCCCGUACCACCGCCUGCUCACCUGCCUGCAGACCGUGCCCCAGGAGACUGCUUUCUGAACACUGCCACGCGACCGGGCGAGAAAAGGAAUGUCAAAGACUGUUGACUUGUGAGAUAGACUUUAGAAGUACUUUGCAGCAAGACCCUGCUCCGCCCCCACUCCCCAAAAGGAUUGCUUUUAGGAACAUGAAAAAUAUAACA